AGACAGGUACUUGCGCCUUCCCCGCCCACCUCGCCCCGGCCACUCAGACCGCACCUUUGACGGAAUCACGACCUCGCCUUCCUCUCACAACACGCCCACCGCGAGACAUUGAGCAGCCAUUGGGUGUCGCGCGUCUCUUUCUGCACCAUCCCGCGACUGAGGAACAGUUAUCGUCCUCCACACGCGCCUCGGACUCACCCAAGACCCUGUCCACCGCGUGACACUUGCGCAACCCAGCCCAAGCCAUGGACCAAGUGAACCUCCAGGGCCACGGCCAGCAGAAGAUGCGCCAGCAGCCUCAGCAAGCUGCGCCUCGCAAAUAUGAUGGCCAGCAGGGCAACCCGCUCUACGAUCCCCAGCAGGGCGGCCACUAUGGCGCGUCUGCAGCCAUUGCCGCGCAAAACCACGCUCCGGAUCCGCAGCUGUUCACCGGUUCCUGGCAGAACGUCAACCAAGGACUCACUGGCAACUACCGCGACAUUCUCAACACAUACUGGCAGCAACAGGUCACCAAGCUCGAGACGGACGAACAUGACUACAAGCUCCACCAGCUUCCGCUUGCUCGGAUCAAGAAGGUCAUGAAGGCUGACCCAGAAGUAAAGAUGAUCUCAGCUGAAGCUCCCAUCCUUUUUGCCAAAGGCUGUGACAUCUUCAUCACCGAGCUCACAAUGCGCGCCUGGAUUCAUGCAGAGGAGAACAAGCGCCGCACCCUUCAGCGCUCCGACAUCGCCUCGGCCCUGUCAAAGUCAGACAUGUUCGACUUUCUCAUAGACAUCGUCCCCCGCGAAGAGGCUCAUCCCCACAAGAGGAGUGCGGGUCAAAACGCAGCUGUCCAAUCGUCGGCAGCAGUCGUACCUCCCGGCGGCAUGCCUCAGCCGGUGCACGCGCAGCAUUCCAUGGCCCCGCCAGACUAUGGUAUGCCUCAGCAUCUAGCACAGCAGGAAGACUACCAGCAACCUCCCAUGUACCCAGGCCCGGUGCAAGGCGACCCCAGAGCUUAUGCGCAACAGCCCAUGUUCGAUCCCAACGUCUACACUGGCUACCCAAUGGGUCAGCAACCGCAGAUGUACUCCGUUGGCCAACGUGGGCCUGACCCGAAUGCAGGCGACCCACAGGGCUAUGGUCGCUAUGGAGAGGCUGACCCUGACGACGACGCACAGGGCGAGCGGGUUGAUGCUGACAGUUAGAAGCUAGGAGCUCACCCAGCACUUGUUGAACUGGUCCUCAAAGGUCUAAGGGCGGCGUGUCCCAUGUUCUAAUGGGCAACGAAUUCGUGGAUGGGACGAGGCCGGCAUGCAGAUACAGAUACAACUACCUUUUCAGAGGCUCUUGUUGGAUGCCCUGGCCCUAUGACAGAAUUUGAUACGGCGUUUAGGUGUAGUGUUUUGGAACGGCCGCGGAUCGGCUACUUU